UUCAACGGGGAAAACAAUAAAUUAUAAACUCUCUCUAAUGUCCCUUCUGAUCUGGAUAGAGCAUCUGUAGUAGACGUCAAUAUGCUUUUAAUUACAGACGAUCAAUCUAUUUAUCGGCGUGAGUAGAAUUUCUUGCUCAGAUCAAUAUUUUCUCGAGUUUAUUUUAUAACAAAUGCGAAUACUUUGCUACGAAAAGGUCUCAUCCUCCUUAUUAAAAAAGAUACGACACGUGUUACCCCGUGAUUUCUGGAAAAAAGCAUUCCCUUUCCUAGUUCCCUUCCCUUGCAGUGGCAUCUUCGUAAAUCUGGGAACUGUCCGUGUCUUAUUAUGUAAUUAGCUCACCUUCCGAGAACUUAACUGCUCCCUAUUCGACGACUUUACUGUAUCUCUGCAUCUUUCUCUGACUCGGUCUCUUUCUCCACCCCCAUAACUAGUUUUAUAGAAGGAAUCUCGCCAGAAAUCUCAUUCAAGCCAACAAUUUCUCAGAUAAAGUAACUAUCCGGUGGUUGCAUCCUGGUGUGAAUUAUUUGUUGAUGAAAACGGGGACCAGAAUGCCUUCCUGGAAAGAGAGGGAGAACAAUAAGAGGAGAGAGAGGAGACGCCGAGCGAUUGCUGCCAAGAUCUACGCAGGUCUCCGUACCUAUGGCCAAUACAAGCUCCCUAAACACUGCGACAACAACGAGGUCCUCAAAGCUCUCUGCAACGAGGCCGGCUGGACUGUCGAAGAGGAUGGCACCACCUACAGAAAGGGUUGCAAGCCUGUGGAACGAAUGGACAUAGUAGGAGGAUCUACAUCAGCUAGCCCGUGCUCUUCGUACCAACCAAGUCCAUGUGCAUCCUACAAUCCAAGUCCACCUUCCUCUUCUUUCCCAAGCCCAUCCCGUUACAUAUCCAAUGCCAAUGCCCUCAUUCCAUGGUUUAAGAACCUCUCUUCUAGCUCAUCAUCAGCCUCAUCCAAAGACCCCUUCCACCUUUACAUGCAUGCAGGCUCUGCAAGUGCUCCAGUGACACCUCCAUUGAGCUCCCCAACAUGCAGAACUCCUCGUACCCAAAAUGACUGGGAGGAUGCAACUAUAGGCCCAGCUUGGUCAGGACAGAACUAUUCUAUCAUGCCCUCAUCUACCCCACCUAGUCCUGGCCGCCAGGCCCUGCCUGAUUCGGGAUGGCUUGCUGGUCUCCGGAUCCCCCAAAGUGGGCCAUCAUCUCCGACAUUCAGCCUUGUCUCUCGAAAUCCAUUUGGCUUCAAAGAGGAGCUUUUAUCAGGUGCAGGCUCUCGAAUGUGGAGUCCGAUGCAAAGUGGUACAUGCUCUCCAGCAAUUGCUGCAGGUGUUGACAAUACAGCAGAUGUUCCGAUGCCAGAUGAGAUUGUAGCCGAGUUUGCAUUCGGCAGUAAUACAACUGGCUUUGUGAAGCCUUGGGAGGGAGAGAGGAUACAUGAGGAAUGCAUAUCUGAUGAUCUUGAGCUUACUCUUGGGAAUUCAAAAACCAGGUAAUUGACGAUGUUACAAGCUAGAGAGGUUUCUCGCAAGAAGUGAGAGAGAUCCAUUGAUGAGCCUCUUGAUUUGGCCUCUUUUAUUGUGGAAAGUGCAUGUUGAUCAUUCAGAAUGUCGCUUCUGAGUUUGCAAGGCAGCUUAGUUAGAAGUACAGUGUGGAGGAGUACCUGUUUUUCACUAAUUUCUUCUCCUUUUCUUUUCUUUUUCUCCAAAAGAGAACAAAAAUUUUAGAAAUUAAGUUAUAUAAAUCUAGCUCGUUGUGACUAUGCCCCUCUUCA